AUGCCUUUCCCCAUCCGGAGAUUUAAAUGGAACUGGGCAGAACUGCUGCAAAAGCAGGUGGCAUUUCUCCAAGAUCUGUCUGCCCACACGUUCAGGAGCGCUCUGCAAUGCGAGGUGUGUGUGUCCGCAGAGCAAUCAUGCUCCGGCCCCCUACAGCCCUGCGCCGCCUCGGAAGCGACCUGCGUCACUGUCGUGGCAGAGUUCAGGCUGGUGGGAAACUCCUUCUCCUACACUGGUAAAUCGUGCCUGGAGCCCAAGAACUGUGAGCCCGGCCCCUUCUCGCUGACCUACGCGCACAAUGUCACCGUGCGGGUGAACAUCGCCUGCUGUGACACCGACGGCUGCAACGCCGGAGGCCAUCCCAGGUUGCCAACUGUGAGCUCCGUCCCCAAUGGCCGGCAGUGCCCUAUGGUUUUCAAAGGGGAUCGUUUUGACAGGCAGGAGGUGGGGAUCUUGGCCUGCACCGGCACUGAGGACCAUUGUGUUGAGGAAUCUGGGAUAUUAACACUGGGUGACAUGACCGUGAAGAAGGCUGUGGCUGGAUGUGGCUCCCCUGGCGCUUGCAUGAAGAGAGAGGGGGAGAGGAAAUACGCCCAGGGUGUAGUGCAGAUGCUGAUCCGGGCCGAGUGCUACCCAGCUCCCAGAGCCGGUGGAGGCAUAGGGGAGCCUGAGCCCCAGUCUGGCGUCCUGCCCUUCUGCUGUGUGCCGGGCUGCAGUGCACCUCCCUUCAGCCGCCACUGGCUGCUGCUUCUCUUUGCGGGGGAUUGCGGGUCCCUUUUGUGCACUGGCUGA